UGUGUAGUAACGUGUUGUGGAUAUUAGUUUAUUGUUAUUCUUUUUUCACAUGCUUUGAAACUUUGUGCAAAAAAGUUGUUAGUUUUUAAUUGGUGCGGAUUUAUUCUACUUUCGAUUUGUCAUCAGCUGUGGAAUCGAUGGCGAAAGGUGUAAAAAGAUGAAGGUUUUGAAGACGUCUCCAUGAGGAUAUUACAGUGUGUUUCAUGUAUUCGGAGUACCCGGGUGUGCACGAUUGUUUACCGUAAUUCUCAGACUGGGAGAGAAAAUAGUGCGUCAACCGAUUGCGUGCAGUUGUGAUUUUGUGACAGGUUUCUUCUCUAGAAGACAAAGAAAUGGAGGAUACCGUCACUUUGGUUUAUAUUCUUGCGAUUAGCUUCGUUGCAGCCUUGAGGGAAAGCCACCCCGACUUGAAAGACUUCGACCCGAUUCCUCGGUUUGUUGCCAAGCAGACAGAGUACAGUUUCGAAGCCGGCGAACUGGCCGUGCUCAAAUGUGAAGUGGAAAAUCUCGGCAACAAAAAGGUUGGUUGGCGGAAGGCGUCAGCGAGGGGUCCUCUGACAAUCGGUACCAUGACGUUCGUGCAGGACUCUAGAGUGACCGUGGAACACCCUCCAGGUACUAACAAGUGGAACCUCAUCAUCAAGCACGUUAAGCCUUCAGACACGGGGGUCUACGAGUGUCAGGUGUCAUCGUCAGUGCGUCAUUUGAGGUACCACGUGCUACUUCAGGUCAGAGAAGCGGAUACGAAGAAAAAGAAAGAUCUCGACAUCGUCAUCACCGGCGACCCGUUCGUCGACAAAGGGGAGGUAAUCAAGCUGACUUGCAACGCCACCGGAAGGGAGUACCCGCCGGAGGAACUCGACUGGUUCAAGAACGGAAACAAGAUGGAGACGAACUUCGCCAAGAAGAUCUACAUCCGGAAGAUGGUGUCCAUCAACUCGAAGACGAUCAUCAGCGUGCUGAACAUUAAGAAGGCCGACCUCGACGACGCCGGCACCUACGUUUGCCGCACGUCGGACAAACAGGUCACCAGCAAGAAGGUCGAGGUGCUCAACGCUGAUACCUACAAUGUUAGAAGAGUUCAAGAAAUCGUGGUCUGUGUGACGCCAUGGAUUCCUGCAGUGGAAUCUUCUGUCGGAAGAUGUGACGUCAUGGAUUCCUGCAGUGGAAUGUUCUGUUGGAAGAUGUGA